AUGUCUGCGGACUAUCCUCCCGUCUGUCUGUUUCCGGCUCAGUCCAGCGUCAACUUCAGCCUCUUUCAUCCAUUCCCCAUCAUGCUCCUCGCCAUCGUCGAGAGCCACAAGGGGAAGUCUUCCUGGCAACCAAAACCACAGACUUCUUCACCAGUCGCUACAACCGCUACGAAUCCUAUAAGCAGUUUCACACAUUCACUAAUACGGACAUCUUCCGCUUCAACUACAAGAAUUGUACCACAACAUACAGCAACUACAUCCAGCAGGAGCUUCACCCAGAUGGUUCUCGUGGAGCCUGCCGACAGCCACAGCCUAAAGUUUCAUCCCGGUAACAUCGUAAAGUUUUCCCCUCGGACCCUUGACGUUUCCGUCGGCGACACUGUCUGGUUUUACUCUCUGAAUGGGUCGUUUAUACUCUACAACACUACCCUCGAAGCGCCGUGUACACGCCUAGUUAGAUACGGAGAUGAUGCCUAUAAACGCGUCAUUUUCCAAGUAAACUCCACAGAGCCAUUAUUCCUCAUCGGUUCUCAGGAUCAUGACAUAUACAGCUGUUGCCCUUCGAAUUACUUUGCUUUAAACCCUGGGGCCCAAAAGGAUCAGUUUUUCCACUCAAUUGGACGCAUAUGCCAGGUCGUCAGCGUCACCCACCCUUCGAACGUGUAUCCCACAAUGACAGGAACUAUCGUGGUCGAGCCUAAUGGGGACGUCAUUACUACCUUGGGGGUUUGA